AUGAGAAAAUUAGGUCGAAAACGACAUAUGGAGGUGUUGCCAGAAGGUUCACUUUUCUUUGGAGCGGAUCCCGAUCACGAAGUUAACGAGGAUCUCUACAACAAGUUUGGCACAUUCUUUCCAUUUGCAGUUGGAUCGAAAUCGCAAAUUUCAAGCGCAAGUGUUCUGAUCAAUAGAUCUUACAAGAUGCGCAGCGUCUUUCAUUUAGAUUUAGCCUAUUUUCUCAAGGAAAUUUUAGGAUAUACAGUGUACGACGCCCUUUGGAUUGACGCAGAAGGAGCGGAGUAUGGUUUAUUUCCGUACUUUUACCGAGGAGGGAAACUGGAUCAAUAUGGAAUAACAAUCUGCCAGUCCAAUAUGGAGCACCUUCAUGUAACUACCGAUCCUGUGCCUGAUCAAAUCCAUAGUCCAAACGAAGAGAAGAAAGAAUUAUUUAAAAACUUUAUCUUUCUUCAAGUUGUUGGAAGACAAUCGUUAUGCUUUUUUUCGGCCUGUGCAAACGAAACACUUGCGUCUAUACUUUCUGAAUUUCUCGGACAAACAAUGUGUAAUUAAGUAUCUGUUCAAAACAGUGAACUGAAGUCGAUCUUAAAAAAAACUAUCGAAUGAUUGCUCAAGACUAUAUCUUCUAUAUGAGACUGAGCAAAAAACUGAUUUUCUAUCUUGAUGCAAUUUUUUGUUAAACCAC